CCUAAAUGGUGGUAUUAUCAUUAUAUUACACUUACUGUAACAUAGCGAAACAACAGAGAUGACCAGGUCUGAGUUAUCGUGAUGGAGCCUAAUGCGCCUGCAUAUUGUUUUGGCGCACAUACAUCAAAGGGACAGUGCAAUCUUUUCAAACACAGGUGGACAAGUCACAAUGGCGAUAUACAAAUGCUAAAAAUCACCAUCGCCUUGGCCCAUGGUCAUGCUCCACGGCCCACCAUGCAACUUUCUUUCGACCUCAUAUUCUUCUGGGAAUGUGCUAAACCGACCUUUCCAUUUGUGCGGCGCGGUAUCAAUCCGGAGGCGACAUCAAACUAUCUUCUUCCUUGCUUACCCAGACACUAUCGUGUCAAGACAUUGCUGGCAACGUUUUCUCUCGUGCCAACUCAUUGCUGUUAACACCAGUGCAACACCUGACUCAUUGCUGUCAACAGUAGGCUAAUACCCGCAUUGUUGUUAUCGUAUUCCAGGAAUUUCCGUCAUAAAUUGGAAAACUCUCGCAGUGGACGAUUGUGGACAUCAUGCAUCGAAAAAACAAACCUUUCAUUCAUAUACUUUCCAGUAUGAGUUCUCCGUUUUGAACUCGAGCCAAAUGAG